AUGGUGGGUUUCCUGGACUUCUCUCUGCUAAGAGACUUCUUCUCUCUCCUACUUCUCCAGGUGUCCAUGUGGGGCUCAGAUUCAUUCUUGGUUAUCAGCCCCUCAGAGCCAAUUGUAGCCAUGCUGGGCAUGGACACAGUGCUGCCCUGUCACGUGUCCCCGGCCAUGAGUGCAGAGAAUAUGGAGCUGCGGUGGUUCCGUUCUGAAUUCUCAGAGGCUGUGUAUGUAUAUCAGGAUGGAAUGGAGCAGGUGGGAGAACAGCUGGUAGAUUUCAAAGGGAGAGCAGAGUUGGUGAAAGAUUACAUCACUGAGGGAAGAGUAUCUGUGAGAAUCUACAGUCUCCGGAUCUCAGACAGUGGAAUAUACAAGUGUUUUUUUAAAAAAGGCAGUGAAUUUCAAGAAGCCACUUUGUUGCUGAAGGUGAUCGGUCUGGGUUCUGGUCCUCAUGUUUUCAUGGUAGGUCCAGAAGGUACAGGAAUAAGACUGACAUGCACAGGCAAGAGGUGGUUUCCCCAGCCUGAGGUGCAAUGGAAAGAUGCAAUGGGAGAGAAGAUACCAUCUCUUUCUGAGGUUGAGACCCAGGAUGACGAUGGGUUAUUUCAAAUAGAGGCAUCCCUCAUUGUAAGAGACAGUUCAAAGAGAGAAGUGUCCUGCUCCAUGAAGAACCCCUUCUUUGGACAAGAGCAGGUGGAAACCAUUUCUAUCCCAGAAUCCUUCUUCCCUAGGACCUCCCCUUGGAUGACGGCAUUUGCUGUGACUUUUAUCAUACUUGGGAUAUUCCUGGGUGCUGUUGUGUUUUUGGCCUGGAAAGAACGACAGGAGAAGAAGAGAGCACAGGAAGCCCAGACAGAAAAAGAGAAAGAAAGUAAAGACAAAGAAUUACUUGAGAAAGAUCUUGGGAGAAGAAAGCAAUUAUAUCAACAAGACUGGAGAAAAGCAAAGUUAUAUGCUGACUGGAGAAAAGAACAGUUUGAAGCAGUUGCUGUUACUCUGGAUCCAGACACAGCUCAUCACAACCUCAUCCUAUCUGAGAAUAGAAAACAAGUUUCUUUAAUGGGAAAUGCUCCUCAGAAUUGUGAUGCUUCAGUACGCCAAGGACAAGGGGAAUCUGAAACCAUCUUCAGUGUUCUGGGCCAGAAUUGCUUUACCACAGGGAGACAUUACUGGGAGAUAGAAGUCAAUAUAGGCACAGAAGUUGGACUUGAACCUAGAUGGGCUGUGGGUGUUUGCUCAGAUACAGCAGAAAGAGAUGAGUGGUUUGUAGAAAGUCCAGAGAAGAAUUUCUGGGUGAUUGCAUAUAACAAAGGAGUUCUCUUCACCCACCUAGAGUCUCUGUCACUGAGACAGCAUCCUCAAAGGAUAGGAGUUUUCCUGGACUUGGAGGAUAAGGAUGUGUCCUUUUACAACAUGGUUGAUGGAUCCCACAUCUAUUCCUUUACUGGAAUCACCUGUGAGACCCUCCGUCCUUAUUUAAGCCUUCAGGGUGCUGGCACAUAUGUUACCAUCUGCUCAGCUUCAGAUGACACUGAAAAUUACCCUGAGUCUUCUCCAAAGACUCAUUUAAAGAGUCGUGAUAUGGGUGUUGCCCAAGAAGCUAAUCCUCUGUUACCUCCAUAA